AUGGUUCAUGAAGUUCGCGCCAGCAGCACUUCUUCUACUGAUUCGAACGGCUUUCCAGUUAAGGAUCAAGAUGCUGUCAAACUUUUCGUUGGACAGGUUGAUUUUUCUUCUCUUACAAUUUAUUUUUUUGAAGUUAUUUCCAUUUUCAAUUUGAAAGAUGGAAAGGCCUUGCUACUUUAUUCUUUCACUUUUAAAAAUUGAAAAAAAAAUUUUUUUUAAUUAUUGAGGGGAAAAAUAAUUGUGUUGACCAAAUAUUUGAUUUUUUUUUUUUGGGUUCAUUUGAAUAUUCCGAUGCCCAGUUUUGCUUUCAUUGAUCGUUGCUUGGUUCCAGGAAUGAAAAAUGGAAUCAUCUUAUUAAUUCAGACUUUUUUUUUCAUUCGGAACUGAAAUUUCAAAUUUUCUAUUACCUUAGCUCUGUAGGUUGAUAGAGCACAGUUAUGAACAGAUUGUUUGAAACCCGAAGGAGAUCAUUUCGCUUUGAAUAAAGACUCAAUUAUUUAUAGUAUUUACCAAUAGUUUCUUUUUUUGGACUCAUCUCAUAAAGAUAAAGAGUUGUUUUUUUAGAAUUUGAAAAAGUAAUGAAUGCUGGGAAAUGAAAGUUGAGAUUUUUAAAUGAAUUUAGUCAGUAACACCCUUUAUUUAUUUUUUUCCCUGUGCUCAUUUGAACAAUUUUUUUCAUUUUUUUGAACUUUCGAAAAAAAGAAAAAUUUGAGCGAAAAAUUUCUCUUGUAGAUUAAAUUUAUAUUUAGAAAUGAUGAUUCAGUUGUCAUUGAAAAAUAGUGCGAACGAUUUUCGACCCCGAAAGAAAUUCAUGUCUGUUUUUGGGAUCUUCUUUGGUUGUUAGAACAAAACGGCCGCAUUUCCAUAUAUGAAAAGAGAAAAGCCGCGCGGCCCUCCAGGCGCUGAUCGAUACGUGGAGCCGAGAGCUUUCCAAGCCAAAACCUUCAUGUAGCCAGUCAUCCCCACAAGUGGCUCACAGCGGUCAUUUAGAUAAUGAUCGCGUUCGUAGAGCUCAGAUAUGAAAUACAUAAAUCAAAUGGGUUCGGCUUUUUCGUUGAGCUUUCCCUUUAUACAAAACUAUAUCUUGCUCAGCCUUGUUUGCUUCGGAAAGUCAGGGGAAUAAAGACCAACCUGAGUUUAAAAAAAAACAUUUUUUUUUAUUAAGCGUUGAGAACAAUUCUUGGAGCUGUGAAGCCAUGAGAAGUCUCAUUUUUAAUACAACUUUAAGAAAAAACAUAAAAUCUUUUGAUAAUGAGAAGCUAUACAACGGAUUACAGAUCCCUCGAAACUUGGAGGAAAAAGACCUGCGGCACCUCUUUGAGCAGUUUGGAAAAAUCUACGAGUUCACUAUUCUUAAGGACAAAUAUACGGGUUUGUUUAGAAUCAAUGUUUUUGUAGCUAAUUUUUUUUGGGAGAAGGGGGGGGGGGUACAUGGGAAAAAGGGACUGACCAUUCAUCGCGUUUUGUACCUCAUUAUAAUUUUUUUCCUGAUAAAAAAAUCGUUCAGGAGUUCACAAAGGAUGCGCUUUUUUUGACUUAUUGUCACCGAGAUAG